AUGUGGGUGGUGGAGCAGGUUCAUGAGAGUGGCUCUAACAAGGCUUUGGUCGCCUUUGCCCAGUAUCUGAUGACGGAAACCGAGGAAAAGCUCAGGACGAUGGGAGUCACCAUGGACCAGCGCCGUCGGUUGAUGAUGGCCUCAAAGCUGGGCCUGGGCCCCCUGGGCCAGCUCAGCGCGGGACCGCCUGGGCUUAAGGACAAAGGCUCCAGGUCGCGCUCCCCUCCACCUGGUCGAGGCGGCAGCCAGGUGGCACCGCCCAGCGCACUUGUCGCGCUGGCUCCGGGGGGCCACUUGGUUCCGGCUAAGAGCGCGGAUAAUGCGAAGAGGAGGCUGGCGGAUCAGGCUGCCAGAGCGCACGCGAUCUCGCGAGGUGGCAUGGCCGUCAAAGCCAUGGCCAGUGCUGUCGUGAAAGCUCGGGAGGACGAGGAGGACCUAGACAGCUUCUUGGCCGGUGGCCGCCACACCGCUGUCCAGGUCCGGCAGGAGAAGCAGAAGAAGCUGGUCUUCGAGCAGGCAAACCUCGAAAAGGCGCAAAAGUCCGCCGAUGAGGCGCGGAGGCGCGCCGAGGAGAGGGAAGCCUUAGAGCGAUUGCAGGCCGAAGAGAAGCGGAGACAAGAUGAAGUCAGAAGAAGGAAGGAGGAGGAGAAGCGAAAGGAGGAAGAGAAGCAGGAGGAGAAAAGGAGAAGAAAGGAGGAGAAGAGGAAGAAGCGAGAGGACGAAGACGACGCCGCAGCGAGCGCAGAGGCUGACAGGAAAGAGAAGCAUGCUUCUGGCCACUUCAAGGCAGUCAUGAAGGAGAAUGAGUCGAAGCGGCAGCACUGGGGGGAGAGUGUCAAGGGCCGGGUGUCCAGCGACUACAAGGGACUCACGGACGCUGAGCUCGAGCGACGCUUUGGUGCCACCCAAUCAAGCUCGCAGGAGAAGCUGAUGACUGAGCAGGAGGUGUUGGCGAUGCUCCGCAAAGGGAAGGACAAGAAGACAAAGUGA